AUGGCUUACCCAGACACUUUUGAAGGAUUUGCAGUUCACGACCCAAGUAAGUGGUCCGAAGUAAAGAAAAUUCAAUUUACUCCUAGACCUUUCCAGGAAGAUGAUGUUGACAUCAAGAUCGAAGCAUGUGGUAUAUGCUCCAGUGAUAUUCACACCAUUUCCGGAGGGUGGGGUCAGCCAAAGCUUCCCUCCAUUGUUGGUCAUGAGAUUGUUGGAACUGUAGUUAGAGUUGGUUCAAAGGUCGACAAUAUCAAGGUUGGAGACACUGUCGGUAUGGGAGCAAUGUGUUGGGCUGAUUUGACGUGUGAUGUCUGCAAGUCCAAAAACGAAAACUACUGUCCUAACUGGAUUGAUACAUAUGAUGACGCUUAUCCCGAUGGGUCAAGAACCUAUGGUGGUUACUCCAACUAUGCUCGUUGCAACAAAGAGUUUGCAUUCAAGAUUCCAAAAGGAUUAUCCGUAGAAGGAGUUGCUCCAAUGUUGUGCGCUGGUAUCACCACUUAUUCUCCUUUAAAGAGAAACAAUAUUGGACCAGGCAAGAAGGUGGGUGUUGUUGGUAUCGGUGGUUUGGGGCAUUUUGCUCUUCAAUUCGCCAAGGCUCUUGGAGCUGAAGUCUACGCAAUUUCCAGGAAUGACAAGAAGAAAGCAGACGCUCUUAAAUUGGGAGCUGAUUACUUCAUUGAAACUGAGAAGGAAGGUUGGAACUUACCAUACAAGUAUAAGUUCGACUUAAUCAUUAGUACAGCCAAUUCCAGCCAGAACUUUGACCUUGAUGCCUAUGUAUCCACACUUAAUAUUGGGGCAAAGUUUGUAUCUGUCGGACUUCCAGAGGACAAGAUGGAAAUGAAUGCUGGAUCUUUCAUCAAGAACGGCUGCUAUUUCGGUUCUUCUCAUUUGGGUAACCGUGAAGAAAUGAAAGAGAUGCUUGAGUUAGCUGCUGAAAAGGGUAUUGAAGCUUGGUAUGAGCCAAUUUCAAUCUCUCAGGAGGGUAUUAAAAACGGACUGGAGAAGUUGCACCGCAACGAUGUCAAAUACCGUUUCACCCUUACUAAUUACGGAAAACAGUUUGAAUAG